AGAAUGAACAUUCUCUCCGUUACCAUCCAAACCAAUUGCAAUGGCAAUUUAGCAAAAGGCUGAAGAAAAGGACCCACCUUAUCCAAUUCCCCUCCCGCCCCCCUUCCCUUCUUCGUUUUCAUUUUCUCCUUCUUUUUCCUCCAAUUCUAAAUCCCAUCAUUCUUUUUCCCAAAUAAUACUCCAUUUUUAACAUUUGCCGUAAGGGAUCCUCAGCUUUUCUGGGUUGUGGAGAAUGAACGUCAAAGCUCCGGCGACGAGGACUCGGGUUGGGAAGUACGAGCUCGGUAAAACCCUCGGCGAGGGAACUUUUGCUAAGGUCAAGUUCGCAAAAAACGUCGAGAAUGGUGAUUAUGUGGCCAUUAAGAUUCUCGACCGGGAAAAAGUUCUUCGCCACCGGAUGGUCGAACAGAUUAAAAGAGAGAUUUCGACUCUCAAAGUGGUCAAGCAUCCGAACGUUUGUAAGAUUUAUGAGGUUAUGGCAAGCAAAUCAAAGAUCUACAUUGUUCUUGAGUAUGUGGAUGGAGGCGAGCUUUUUGACAAGAUAGCUGCAAAGGGAAGGCUUAAAGAGGAUGAGGCAAGGAAAUAUUUCCAUCAACUUAUUAAUGCUGUAGAUUACUGCCAUAGUAGAGGCGUGUACCAUCGAGAUCUGAAGCCUGAAAAUCUUCUUCUGGAUUCACAUGAUGUUCUUAAAGUGUCAGAUUUUGGAUUGAGUGCAUUUUCGCAGCAAGUACGAGGGGAUGGUCUUCUUCACACUGCCUGUGGGACCCCAAACUACGUUGCUCCUGAGGUCCUCAAUGAUAAAGGUUAUGAUGGUACAUCUUCUGAUCUUUGGUCAUGCGGGGUCAUUCUCUUUGUUCUUAUGGCUGGUUUCUUGCCUUUUGACGAGCCAAAUCUAAUGUGUUUGUAUAGAAAAAUUUCCAAGGCUGAUUUUGCCUUUCCUUCGUGGUUCUCAAAUGGUGCGAAAAAACUAGUUCGCCGCAUUCUUGAUCCAGACCCUACUACUCGAAUAUCAAUAGCAGAAAUUCAAGAAGAUCCAUGGUUCAAGAAAGACUACACACCUGCUCAUUUUGAAGUGGAGGAGGAUAUAACUCUUGAUGAUGUAGAUGCCGCUUUUAGCAGCUCGAAGGAGCAUCUUGUUACCGAAAGAAAAGAGAAGCCAGUGUCCAUGAAUGCUUUCGAGCUUAUCUCUAGGUCACCCGGUUUUAGUCUUGAAAAUCUAUUUGAAAAGCAGAAGACUGUUGCAAAGAGAGAAACUCGUUUUACUUCGCAAAGCCCUGCAAACGAGAUCAUGUCGAAGAUUGAAGAAACUGCAAAACCGAUGGGUUUCAACGUACGAAAACGGGACUAUAAGAUGAAGUUGCAAGGUGACAAGACUGGGAGGAAAGGACACCUCUCCAUAGCUACUGAGGUCUUUGAAGUGGCUCCUUCCUUGCAUAUGGUGGAGCUUCGGAAAACAGGGGGCGACACGCUCGAGUUUCACAAGUUCUAUAAGAGUUUCUCUUCAGGAUUAAAAGACAUAGUGUGGAGAACUGAUGAAAAUACCGUAGAAGGAAGCUAAUAUCUCUCCUCUUCAUAACGCUGCUGUUAUGAAGUUGAUUCCUGAGGUCAUUGCGGGUAUUUCCUUCCUGUCGUCACUUCAUCGAUGCCAAUACAAAGAACUACACAUGUUGGAGAAGUCUAAGAAAAUUUGUACUUUUUCUUGUUUCUCAUAACUCAUUAAAUACAGUAAUUGUACAAAUAAUCAAAAACUGUAAUAAAAGAAGUGAUUUCAUGCAA